AUAACGAAUCUUUAUGAACCUCUGUUUUGUUGAGAGCACAGCAACCAACAAUUCGUUUUCCAUAAUUUAAUUUUUUUCCACCCUUGUUCUUUUCCUUCAAUUGGUGAGACAUUUCCCCGGGUCAGGAACUUUUACUCGGUUUUUUGUUUUCUUUCUUCCUCCCUAUUCCGAAUUUUCUUGUCGGGUGAAGAAAGACGACGAGGAGAUGGUGGGGCAACAGACGCUGAUCUAUAGCUUCGUGGCUAGAGGGACGGUGAUCCUAGCGGACUACACCCAGUUCAGCGGCAAUUUCACCACCAUCGCCGCUCAAUGCCUCCAGAAACUUCCUUCUACCAAUAACAAAUUCACCUAUAACUGCGAUGGCCACACCUUCAACUAUCUCGUCGAAAAUGGCUUCACCUUCUGCUUGGUUGCGGUUGAAUCCGCGGGCAGGCAAAUCCCAAUCGCAUGUCUGGAGCGAAUCAAGGACGAAUUCAACAAGAAAUAUGGAGGAGGGAAAGCUUCCACUGCCAAAGCUAACAGCCUCAAGAAAGCGUUCGGGCCCAAGCUGAGGGAACAUAUGCAGUACUGCGUGGAUCAUCCGGAGGAGAUCAACAAGCUAGCAAAAGUCAAGGCUCAGGUUUCUGAAGUCAAAGGUGUGAUGAUGGAGAACAUUGAGAAGGUUCUUGACCGUGGCGAGAAGAUCGAACUGCUGGUGGAUAAGACCGAAAACCUUCGUUCACAGGCGCAAGACUUCAGACAACAGGGAACCAAGAUCAAGAGAAAGAUGUGGUACGAGAACAUGAAGCUGAAGCUCAUCGUGUUCGGUAUCUUCGCGGCCUUGAUUCUUCUCAUCUGGCUAACCGUUUGCCAUGGCUUCAAGUGUCAGUAAAAACUACUUCACAACAAGUUCUACGCGCCACUGGCAUGCACCUAGCCAUCAUUCAACUCGACUUUUCUGUUUGUAAUCUUUCUUUGUUAAUUGAUCUACUUUUUCGCAGAUCUUCUCUUCUUCAUACUUUAGAAUCACACCACCACCCUUUCAGCUUCAGGGGAAAUCUUUAGCUAAACUAGGAUGUGAGAACAGCCUUGUAUUUCUGUUUUCCUUUUCUAUUGUUUGGAUAGGGUUUAAUUCCUCCUUUUUGUUGGGUAUCUUGCCGUGGAUUGCUCUCUUAUGCUAGUCCCGCAGGCAUAUGUAAUGUCUGUUUCUUCACAAUUGAACAAAGGUUCAUCAAUGAA